GAACGAGUCUUGACCGAGAAUCGGAAAAAGAGUCGAGUGAAAAUCUUGUGACAUUUGUCGAUCGAUACUCGGACUUAUCCAUUCAGCAGCAACGAAAAAGAUUGCCUAUAUAUAAAUCACGCGACCAUAUACUCUACCUGGUAGAACGAUACCAAACGACAAUAAUCGUGGGACAAACUGGAAGCGGCAAAACCACACAAUUGCCACAAUACCUUAAUGAAGCAGGUUGGACCGCCGGUGGUCGGAUCGUGGCCUGCACACAGCCUCGUCGCGUUGCUGCCACAACUGUUGCCGGUCGAGUAGCUGCAGAGAUGAAUGUAAAGCUUGGUGAAGAGGUUGGGUAUAGUAUUAGAUUUGAGGAAUGUUACGAUCCGGCGAAAACGUGUAUCAAAUACAUGACCGAUGGGAUGUUGUUUCGUGAGACCUUUCUCGAUCCAUUACUAUCACAGUAUAGUGUCAUAAUGAUUGACGAAGCACACGAACGUAGUCUCUACACCGAUCUCUUGUUGGGAAUUUUGAAAAAAAUUAUGAAGAAACGACCUGAAUUAAGAAUAGUUGUCUCGUCAGCUACAUUAGAUGCGGACGCAUUCUACGAAUACUUCAACACCAAUACUACAAAUGACCCCAAUAGGGAUAAUGCAUCCAUCAUUUCGCUUGAGGGAAGGAUGUUCCCAGUUGAUAUACAUUACCUAGAAGAGUCAUGCUCAGACUAUGUUGAAACAGCGAUACAAACUGUUUUUGACAUUCAUGUGAAGUUACCUCCCGGUGAUAUCUUGGUAUUUAUGACAGGACGUGAUGAAAUUGACCGAACCGUUGGCGAAAUAUCUGAAAGAGCCGCAACAUUACCACGAUCGGCCACGAAAAUUUUACCGUUACCAAUUUACGCUGGCUUAUCCACAGAACAACAACUGCAGAUAUUUGAGACGACACCUCAUAAUACUCGAAAAGUCGUCGUGGCCACAAAUAUAGCCGAGGCUUCAAUAACCGUGGAAGGCAUUGUGUACAUAAUAGAUUGUGGGUUUGUUAAGUUACGAGCAUACAACCCCAAAACGGGUAUGGAAAGUCUCACUGUGGUUCCAAUCUCUAAGGCAUCUGCACAACAACGAGCUGGGCGAGCCGGAAGAGUUGGUCCAGGGAAAGCGUAUCGACUAUAUACAGAAGAAUCUUUUCAUGAAUUGAAGGAUGCCAGUGUUCCCGAAAUACAAAGGAGUAAUCUAGCUCAAGUGAUACUACAUCUAAAGGCAUUAGGAAUUGAUAAUGUGCUGAGAUUUGACUUCCUAACCCCUCCCCCUGCGGAACUUAUGAUGCGCGCUUUAGAGUUAUUAUAUUCCUUGAAAGCGCUUGAUGACUAUGGAAGACUGACAAUGCCACUAGGAAUGCAGCUAGCGGAAUUUCCGGUUGAUCCAAUGCUUGGAAAAAUUUUGCUGGAUUCUUAUAAGUUUCAAUGUGCGGAGGAGAUGCUUUCAAUUGCAGCCAUGCUUUCCGUUCAGAAUGUUUUCGUCAUGAAUUCCUCCGCCCCAGCGGAAGAGGAAAGAAGGAAAUUUGCGGUCGAGGAAGGUGACCACAUAACAUUACUGAAUGUAUUUAAUGCCUUCGUAACCCGAGGUAAAAAAUCUGCAAGAUGGUGUCACGAGCAUUGUUUAAACUUUCGUGCUUUAUCACGUGCACUUUCAAUCCGGCAACAAUUAAGGAAAUAUCUUGUCAGAUUCGAAGUACCAAUCGAAUCUUGCGGAAAUGACACGGUUAAAAUAAGGAAGUGCCUGGUUAGUGGAUACUUUUCUCAGGCGGCAAAAAUGAUGCCGGAUGGUUCAUUUAGGACUAUUAGAGACAAUGUUGUUUUACACAUCCAUCCAUCUUCAAUCCUAUUUACGCGUAAUGCCCCAUGGGUUAUAUUUCAUGAAGUCGUGGAAACCACAAAACCAUUUAUGCGUGAUCUCACUGUGAUAGAGCCUUCUUGGUUAACAGAGCUAGCUCCGCAUUUUUAUGAGUUCAAGAAGACAUCGCUUCCGGUUCGUUGA